UCGGCCACUUCCCUGCUACUCUUCCACGCUCGAGGAGCUCUCGCCCACACUCUGCAGCAUACCACUGUUCUUAGGUGCCACACGCCUUCAAACCAUCAACAUGUCCAAAAAGGGCCUUAUGGAGCGGUUGGAUGCUGGGGAAGUCGUCAUUGGAGACGGUGGUUUCGUGUUUGCACUUGAGAAACGUGGCUAUGUGAAGGCAGGUCCAUGGACACCAGAGGCCACCGUAGAAAACCCAGAAGCUGUUCGUCAGCUUCAUCGUGAUUUCCUCCGUGCUGGAUCUGACGUCAUGCAGACAUUUACUUUCUAUGCUAGUGACGACAAGUUGCAAAACCGUGGUAAUGAGGCACAAACAAAAUACUCCGGAGCCUUAAUCAACAAGAAAGCAUGCGAUAUUGCUCGAGAGGUUGCGAAUGAGGGUGAUGCUUUAGUCGCAGGCGGUAUUUCACAAACACCAUCCUACCUGUCAGGCAAAGGAAAAGAAGCUGUCCAGAAAGAGUUUGAGAAACAACUUACAGUGUUUCUUGAAAACAAGGUGGACUUUAUGAUUGCAGAGUAUUAUGAGCAUGUUGAAGAGAUGACUUGGGCUAUUGAAUCAGUUAAAAAGAGUUGUCCAGACAUGGCUUGUGUGGCUACGAUGUGUAUCGGUCCCGAGGGUGACAUGCACGGCGUCUCUGCUGGAGAAUGUGCCGUCAAAAUGGCUCAAGCAGGAGCUGACGUCAUCGGAAUCAACUGUCACUUUGACCCGGAUGUGACUCUAGCUGGGAUCAAGAAGAUGAAGGAGGGAUUGGAAGGGGCAGGUUUUAAGAAGCAUUUGAUUGCACAACCGCUAGGCUUCAAGACCCCAGACGCCAAGAAGCAAGGAUUCAUUGAUCUGCCCGAGUUUCCCUUUGGCUUAGAACCACGUAUUAUAACACGUUGGGAUGCCCAUCGGUACGCAAGAGAAGCCUACAAUCUUGGAGUUCGUUUCAUCGGAGCUUGUUGUGGAUUCGAACCGUAUCAUAUCAGAGCUAUGGCCGAGGAGCUCGCUAAGGAGCGUGGCCGACUACCUGAAGGUUCUAAGAAGCACGGGAUGUGGGGUGAUGGUUUGAGGCAACAUACCAAACCAUGGGUCAGAGCUAGGGCUCGUCGAGAGUAUUGGGAGAAUCUUCAACCAUCCAGUGGCCGACCAUUGAGUGCAGCUCUAUCUACACCCGACCAGUGGGGUGUCACUCAGGGUGACGAUAUCCUGAAACAACACAGUGAAACUACAACCAACGAUGAGCUCAAAUCACUCUUCGUUAAACACUAAAGGGUUCUCUACCUGCUAAAGAGCUUUCAAACUAAGCAGUAAAACAAGUUAAAAUGGGUUCGUAAUGAGUCAACAAUGAUCGAUUUUUUUUAGGGUUUCACUCAUGUAUUGAGAAUCUGUAACGAACAUGUUGUAUGUUUUAUGUAUAGGCGCUGGACAGUCAUACUAUUGCCGAUUGAAGGUAGGCCCUCACUGAGUGCAGCUGCAAACACAAAAUACAAAAACUAAAUAGGAGUCUCUUCUCAAUCUUCGAUAACAACAUCCCUUGGGAACUUAAAAGUUUGUUAAAAGGAUGAGAGUAGAUUUCUGACUUGUACGUUGUCAGACGUUAAAGGUUGCACACUUACGUUUCGUAGUGACUCGAAAGUAGGCCGAUUCAAAAUAGAUACCACAUUUUAUUCCGAAAAACUAUCACUGUGAAAAACUAUCACUGUAACGCUUCUCAUAAGUGAAUUCUAUUUGCAGAUUAUUCUUCCUGUCUGAAAAACCUACAUAGGAUUAAAACAAGCACAAGGUCCAUUACCAAGCUACAAUCCCUUUAACGAGGAAUAAUAACACGUAUAGUACUUCAAAAGAGAGUUUGUUGCAAAAAAGUUGACUGCAUUAUAUUAAAAGCAUGACAUCGUCACAGAUGAACAUGCAUAUGAAAAUUAUGUGUCUGUUUUGCAUUGUUGCAUACUUGUAUGAUCAUAUUUUUUAAACAUUAUAUACCGAGAAGUGAAAUGAUUAAAUAAACACAAUAAUAUUGGAAGUUUUGUUUGUAUAGUUG